AUUAUUUAAAGUAAACUUAAUAAUUUAUAUAUUGACGUAUCACAUCUAACUGUACAACGUAUGGUGAAAUUAUACGCAUAGAUUUAAUGGGUUGAUUGUUGGCAACACUUGUAAGUUAUCAGUCGUGAUAAGGAAUAAUAGACUCGAUAGGCCAUGUGACUUGUUUGGAUAAUAAAUAAAAAUUCACAUUAUUUUGUCUUUUAUACUUUAUAACAUGUUUUUUAUUUAAUAGCGAUUAAAAAGUAUUUAAUCGCUCAUAACUGUCUUAACUAACGAACCAAGAAUAUUAAAGAUUUAUUUUAUAGUGAAGUUAAUACGUUUUUACAAUGUUACGAAGGCAAGCUAGGCUUCGUCGUGAGUAUUUGUAUAGAAAAAGUUUAGAAACCCGUCAAAAAGUUAUUCAAGAUAAAAAGUUUCGGUUAAAACAGUGUUUAGAUGAAAAUGUGCCUAUACAUCAUGAUUUGCGAACUGAAGCUUUAAAUUUACAAGAUAAAUUAGAAUGGGAUGACAACACUCCAGCAUUAUCAUCAAUCGCAGGUGGAGAAGAAGGUGGAACUGAUGGUACGCAUGAAGAUGAUGAGUACAGGUGGGCUGGUGUCGAAGAUCCAAAAAUUAUGAUAACUACAUCUCAUGAUCCUUCAGCUAGAUUAAAAAAAUUUGUGAAAGAACUUCGACUUAUAUUUCCUAAUGCUCAACGUAUGAAUAGAGGUAAUUAUGAAAUCAAACAGCUUGUUCAAGCUUGUAGAGCCAAUGAUGUAACAGACUUCAUUGUUGUUCAUGAGCAUAGAGGUGUUCCUGACACGUUAAUUAUUUGUCAUAUGCCUUAUGGUCCAACAGCAUACUUCAACUUAACAGAUGUAGUUAUGAGACAUGAUGUACCUGAAAUUGGUACUAUGUCUGAACAAUAUCCCCACUUAAUUUUUCAUAAUUUGGAAACUAAACUUGGUAAAAGAACAAUGAAUAUUUUAAAGUAUUUGUAUCCUGUUCCCAAAGAAGAUAGUAAGAGAGUAAUAACAUUUGCAAAUCAUGAUGAUUAUAUAUCUUUUAGACAUCAUACCUACAAACAAGUUGAUGGUAAAAAUAUUGAAAUGCAUGAAGUUGGUCCUCGUUUUCAAUUAAAACUUUAUCAAAUUAAAUUGGGUACCUUAGAAAUAGCUGAUACUGCUGAUACUGAGUGGAUGCUUAGACCUUAUAUGAACACAGCUGCAAAACGAAGAUACUUAUCAUUGAAUGACGGAUGGACUCAAGAUGAUACAAUUUUCAACUAAUUGACUUAUUUGUUUUAUUAAAUGUUUAAAAUAAUAAAAAUAUGAAAUUGAAACUAAAAUAAAUUAUAUAAUAUCAAUAAAAUGUACAAGUUAAAUUAAUGUUAUA